GUAUUGGAAAUUGCUAUUUUGGCCUGAACUAUGUGGCAAACUUCCUCAUUUGGCCUGGAGGCAGGUUUGACCGUCAAAUUAGACGGUCAAACCUGUUGACCGUUAGUCAAUGUCUACCUCACCUGCCACGUCAGCUUUGAGGACAUAAUUUUUUUUUAUUUCUGAAUUUUUUUCGAUUAAUAAAAAUAAUAAAUCAAAAAAAUUAAUUAAAACAACUAAAAAGGGCCCAUUUUUUAGCAAAUGACAAGAAAACAAAAUUCAGAAAUAAAAAAAUAUUUUUUAUGUCCUCAAAACUAACGUGGCAGAUGAGGUGGACAUUGACUAACGGUCAACAAGUUUGACCUUGACCGUCUAAUUCAACGGUUAAACCAGCCUCCAGGCCAAAUGAGGAAGUUUGCUACAUAGUUCAGGCCAGAAUUGCAAUUUCCAAUACCACGGGCCAAAGUAGAAAAUAUGUGUAUAGUUCGAGCCAAGCUAAGAUAUUAACCCUUUUUCAAACCUAGCAACUGAAAACUAUAGCUCAAAUUCUAUCACUAAAACAAGAAAGCCACAAAACUUAACAUAAACGACCGCAUAGCGCAGUGGAUUAGCGCGUUUGACUUCGGAUCAAAAGGUCGUGGGUUCGACUCCCACUGUGGUCGAAUUUUUUUUUCUUACGGUUCCAUCGUUUUUCUUUUUUCCCUAUCACUCUGUUUUCUUCUCCUUUCUUUCGUUCAAUCGAAAACAACAACAAUGUUCCGCUCCGCCUUCCUCUCGCCGCCGUCAAAUUGCAUCAUCUCCUCGAUCUCAAUCCCUCCAACUCCUCGCCACCGCCAUCACUUCCCUUCUCCUCCUGCAUCCAUUCUCCCGCUUCCACCUCCUCCAACUCCCAUUUUCAAACCCCACUCCCCGCCACACCGGCCACGGCCAAUCGCUUGCGCCGCCGCCAACCGAGACGGAGACAACGACGACAUCGAUCAGGUGCGGGAGGAUAAGCGAAAACCUAGCUCCGACGAUGGUAACAGCAAAAGCAAGAAGAAUGGCGGCGGCGGCGGCGGCGAUUUGGGGGAAGAGGGAGGAGGUAGCGGACGGCGACCCCCUUUCCUAUCCAACGUCAACUGGGUAAGUCUGCUGCUGGACCCAGAUCCCGACAACGUGGUCGCCGUCGGAUUGACCGGAUUGCUCACCUGGGCCAGCGUCUCGGUGCUCUGGCAGCUCUUCACCAUUUCGCUCGCCAUUCUCGUUGCUGCUCUCAAGUACUCCUUCAUCGCUGCUCUCCUCAUUUUCAUCCUCAUCACCCUUCUCUAGCCGCCUCUAGUCUCCAUUGUACAUUCUUCUGAAUACUACAAACUCGAUGGUUUCAAUUGUAUGAUUAUGGGUUUGGGCUACUGCUUGAUUCGGUCACGGAUGAGUGUGAAUGUGGAGAUUGAGCUAUUUAGCACAAGUAGUAGUUGCUGCUGGUAUUUUGUUAAUAAAGUAGCUGUCUUUACCAAUUCAUUGUCGCUAAGCACAAAGCACUCUUGAGUUCUUCACAUAUUGACGUGCCCGAUUGGUCUUUCACUUGAUCUAUGAUACCUGUAUAUAAUUAUUUAGAUGCUGCUCCUGCUGAGAAGAGAGAAUUCACAAGUGUAACCAUCCUCAAUCAAAACUCCCCAUGGUGCCUCCUGCAACAUAUGACUCCACUACUUGAACAGUAAUCCGCAGCAGCAGAUCAUCCAAUUGGUCCGGUCCGCAAGUGAGCUCCCAGGCUUCAUGUAUUGUUUAUGUUCUUGGAAUAAGACACUUACUUCAAGCUGCAAUUUUUUGAGCUACUCUGAUUCUGGUAGAUGAAGACACAGUUGCAGAUGAAGUUUCUUUUGCGGUCGAAAGUGUCAAGUGACAACAGUUGAGACACGGAGCUUCUGAUCAGUUUCUACUAUGUAUGAGAAUGAACAACGCUGAGAGUUGUCACUGCAGUCACAAUCAGACUUGUCUGACUAUUGAGCAAGAGCAUGACAUUUUGCAUGCCAAUGGUUAUAUAAGAUGGAAGAAUAAUCAUGGUCGUUAUCCACUUACUUGGCUAAGCAGGCUGCAAUUUUAUGGUGAAUAAUGUUCUAACAACUAUUAUGCUCAGUGGAUUAUGUAUCAGCUAGUCCAAUGCAGGAGUUCCUUGAUCUUUAUUUCUGUACUUCUGCCACCACCUUGAGUUGCAAGCAAAACCUUUUCCCUUAACUUGUAACAUAGAUGAUGCAGGUAAGAGCUGUCUUCUUCUAUUUGUGUACUCAGAAACAUGCGGUGUUCAACAAAUUGGUUAGGUAUGCUCAGUGGAUUAUGUAUCAGCUAGUAAAAGGAUUGUUUUGCAAAGUUGUCUACAGUUCUGCAGUAUACCAAACCAAUCUUAGGUCUUAGGUCUCUUUUGACCCCUUUUUUUCCUAUUUUCUUCUUUUGGCCAGCACACAUAAAAAAGGUAGAAACUCUCUUACUCUGCCACCAACACCAAACCAAUCUGUUACGUUACAUCCCAACUUUUCACUUUUAGGUUUUCCUUGUACAAAUCAAACAAACGCCACCACUUUCUUUCUUUCUUAUAGUCGUUCUUUCCAACCUUUCUCUGUAUGGCCGUCGAGGAAUCUUGAGCCGAGAAUAGUGGUACAGAGGCUGGAAGGGCUGAAGAAAGUUGAUGAUCCAGUGGAGAAGGAAAAGAAGAGGUUGGUGGUUGAGGUGAAGUGGAAAGGCGAAAAGGGGAUUGCUUUGAGGCCUUUAAGGAGGAACAGGGCUGUAAAGAGGAGUUUGCUCAGGAAUGUGUGGGGUUUUCCAGUGGUAAUGAUAAUGGGGUUGGUUGUUUUCAAUUGAAUGAGGAUUUCACAAAUGUUUGCAGCUUUUCAGGUCAAAUACAUGGCCUCUUUCUACCUUGGGAGGUUGUUGCUCUUACUGUUUUCCAUGUGAGUAGUUAUUACACUAAGAAUAGCAGCAGAUUUAUGACAUGUUUCUUUGCUGAUAAUUCACGUUCUUCAUUUUCUCAACUCCCUGAUCAUCUGCCUCGUGCUCUAGAGAAAGCUAGCUUUAUAAUAAGGUGGGGAACUCUACAAAAAGGAAGGAUAAGAUCAAAACAAAGAAUAUGAACAUAG